GAUAAAGUAUACGCUACACCUGAAAUUAGCUGUACUUUUAAAUAUAAGAGUAUUACCAUUGUUGAUUUCCAUAAAGAACCAUAUUUGUAUGUGAAGAACCUUUUAAAACUCAAAAGAACCAAAACCAUCAAUUCGUUCACCAGUUUGAAUGUUCUUCUUCCACUUUAUGGAAGCAAAUGUUUUUUUUUUCUAUAGCAUCACUCAAAUUAACAUUUGUUACCAAUUGAACCCCAAUAUAAGGUUAACUAACGAAUCUCUGGCCAACCAAAUAUACAUUUAAACUAAUUAAAAACCAAUGCUCAUAAAACCAGUUGGCUUUAAAGAAGAGCAGGGGUGGGGGAGCUUCAGAAACGCUGGACGGCGAGAAUGAGAGGCUGUUUGACGUCAGUAAAGAGAAAUUGUCUCUAUAAAUACUGUGGGUGAUAGAAAAAGCCCAGCGCAGCCAACAAACCCAACAAAGCCAGCACUUUCCACCCAGAAGGAGCAGCAGGACGUCUCGGACAUCUGAAGCAAAAGAUCGCCAAGAGAAGAGCAUCAACAGCUGAGUUAUGCCCAAUUCAACCAGCUCCACAUCAUCCACCAAAAGCAUGAGGAGAGCCGCGUCCGAGCUGGAGCGCUCUGACUCCAUCACGUCUCCGCGGUUCGUGGGGAGGCGGCAGAGCUUGAUCGAGGACGCGCGGAAAGAGCGCGAGGCGGCGGCGGCGGCGGCGGCAGCAGCGGCGGAGGCGGCGGAGACCAACGAGCACAUCGUGUUCGAGGAGGAGGAUGGAAAAGCCCUGCUCAACCUCUUCUUCACCCUGAGGAGCUCCAAGAGCCCUGCCCUUUCCCGCACACUCAAAGUGUUCGAGACAUUUGAAGCCAAGAUGCAUCACCUUGAGACCAGACCGAGUCGGAAGCCUAAAGAUGGUCUGGAGGAUUUAGAAUACUUUGUGCGGUGUGAAGUGCAUCUCUCAGACGUUAGCACUCUCGUCAGCUCCCUGAAGAGGAUCGCAGAGGAUGUCAGAACCACUAAAGAGGUUAAAUUUCACUGGUUUCCAAAGAAAAUAGCUGAACUGGAUAGAUGUCAUCACUUGGUCACUAAAUUUGAUCCAGAUUUGGACCAGGAUCAUCCCGGCUUCACAGACCCAGUGUACAGAAAACGAAGAAAGCAGAUUGGUGACAUUGCCUUCAAAUACAGGCAUGGAGAGUCAAUCCCCAGAGUGGAGUACACAGAGGAGGAAAUUGGAACAUGGAGGGAGGUCUACAGUACCCUUAGGGACCUGUACACCACUCAUGCAUGCAGUGAGUAUCUAGAUGCAUUGAAGCUGCUGGAGAAGCACUGCACGUACAGCCCUAACAACAUCCCUCAGCUGGAGGACGUCUCAAAUUUUUUAAAAGAGCGUACUGGGUUUCUGCUGAGGCCAGUGGCAGGUCUUCUGUCAGCACGAGAUUUUUUGGCCAGUCUGGCAUUCCGCGUGUUCCAGUGUACACAGUACAUCCGCCAUGCUUCCGCACCCAUGCACUCUCCAGAACCAGACUGUGUGCAUGAGCUCCUUGGACAUGUCCCGAUGCUAGCUGAUAAAACAUUUGCUCAGUUUUCCCAGAGCAUUGGUCUUGCCUCUCUCGGUGCAUCAGAAGAAGACAUUGAGAAACUGUCAACCCUUUACUGGUUCACAGUGGAGUUUGGGCUGUGUAAGCAGGGAGACACAUUGAAAGCUUAUGGUGCAGGCCUUCUGUCUUCCUACGGCGAGCUAGUGCAUGCGCUGUCAGAUGAGCCAGAGAUCCGUGAAUUUGAUCCAGAGACUGUAGCUGUGCAGCCGUACCAAGACCAGGAAUACCAGUCUGUCUACUUCGUGUCUGAGAGCUUCGCUGAUGCUAAAGAAAAACUGAGAGGAUAUUCUACGGGCAUCAAGAGGCCGUUUUCAGUCAGGUUCGACCCGUUCACAAGCAGCAUAGAAGUGCUGGACAACCCCCUAAAGAUCAGAGGAGGACUGGAAUUAGUCAAAGAAGACCUGAAGGUCUUGACAGACGCCUUAAAUGUGCUGGCAUGAGCUUACCCGGCCCUGCCACCUGCCCUGCCACCCUGUCCCUCACUGCUUACUAUGUGCCAUUUUCUAUAUGUUGUGUUUCUUGUACUGUUUUGCUGCUGCUGAAGUUGUUGCUUUUAAAAAGCUGGGUGGCAACCACGAGACCUCACGUUAGAGUUUGUUUCCAAAGAUUUAUUGGGUCACUUGGUGACUCUAUUUCAGUUUCUGUCAGAAAUGUGUGGUAUUUUUUUUUUUGAAGAGAUUUAUCCACUGAGUCAAAGCCAAAUUAUAUUUAUUAAAAAUAAAUAAAAUACUAUGUAAUAAAAUUACUAUUUAUUUAGUAUAUACAAAUAGGUGUGUCUGUUUAAACCAGUAGUUCUCAGUAGUUAUCUAUGUACCACUGGUGGAACUUAAAGCAUCCCACUAUGGUUCCGAGAAGACCUCAGAAAAUUGACUACAUGCACAGAAAUGUUAACAUCCAUGUUCAAAGAUUUAUUCUGUAAUUGUUAUGAUUUUAGAUAUGUUUAUGUUCAGUGCUUUACCCAGUAAAUACUGUGCGUAAGCUCACUCUUUAGUGCACACUUUACUCUCAUAGCCACAGGGAUAUAAUUAUUAUCAACAGUUUUAUAGGACCUACAACAAAACCCUCUGUAGUUUCUGCAUUAGGGUUAUUAGCUGAACGGUUAACAUACGAUUCAAAGGAAGGUUAUUUUUUUUUUGCUAAACACACAGUAGCAUGGAUUAUGGUUGAUACCUGUGAUCCAAGUCUGAGAAACACUGAUUUAAACAACCCUGGAGCCUCAGCCUCUUCCAAUUAUGAAUGUAUAUAUAGUUUCAAUAAUAUAUAUAUACAUAUAUCAUGGCAUAAGUGUUAAUAAUGUGAAGUAUGCUCUUGCAAUCGGUGAUCAUUUUUCAUUACCAUGCACCGCCACACAGUACGCUGUGUGCUUCUAAGUUUUUCCAAGUGUGAAUUUAUCUCUAAAUAGCUAAAAUAAAACAAUGAAAUAAAUUAAUUUUUACUUUCAGUAUUGGUCAUGCUUUGGCUAUUAUUUGAUGUGGAAAGUACUGUGCUUCGUGCAUUGUGGUGGCCGACUCAAACGCAUCGUUUCAGCUGUGCUUGCCUUUGAGGCAAUCAAGUGCUGCUAAUAUAAAAUCAACAUGAUGGAAAAUUAAACCAUUUUAAAGUGA